AUGUCUGAAAGUUGUAUUCCAAGGCCGGUAAUAGGUAAUAUCAAGAAGUUUGUCCAAGCCUUGAACGUUUUGGAGAAAAGUGUACAAAAGAUGAUUGCUAUUACACCAGAACAAAAGGAACAGGUUUGUUUUAGAAUUUUAAAUUGUAUAACAGUAAAUUUCAACUGAUAUAGACUGUUUGAAAGCAUAAAUUUUACAUUUUUGUAAUAACAAAAAUCUAACUUUAAAGAUAGAAUAAGCUAAUGUAGAGCUGAAGUAGGCGAAUAGUGAUGUUAAAAUUGCAGAUGACGGAGUUAGAGGUGGCGAAGUUUAAUCUAACAAUAGUUACACUGGUCAACAGCUUUUACUGGCUACAUGCUUCAACGUUGGGGAAGAAUCCUGAAGAUGAGGACACUGUCGGAGUUGAAUACGUAUGUUUUAAUAUGUUUCAAAUGUUGCUGUAGUAUGCUUUUCUUUUUGAAAAAUUUAUUUUUUUAGAGACGAUUGAAAGAUGUAAAAGACCGACUACAACAACUUGAAGAUGCUCACCUUAGACCACAACUGAACAGGAGAGCAGCCAGUAGUUUUGUGAGGAAUGCUCUGUUUGAUGUGGAUGACUUUAACAGAGCUGUAAGUUUGUAUAUUAUUAAUGGUUAUCAAUCAAAACAAUAAUUCAAAAUAUAUAAGGAACAUCUAGUAGUAAGGACUAUUUUUUAAAUAUUGUUUUGCCAACUUGUUUCUUAACAUAUAUUGUCAUUGCUAAUAUAUUUUUACAGCGUGAGCAAUUGGCAGAAGCUGGGGUAGACUUUGGUGAAGAAGAUGAAGGCGAAUACGAUGAUCAAAAUGACGAAGAAUACGAUGUCAUGGAAGAAUAA